CGAGUCCUGGGUAACCAUACAUGUGGAAGGGAAACCCGUUGGCUUCAUGGUAGAUACUGGAGCCCAACACUCUGUUUUAAAUAAAAAACUGGGACCAAUGUCUAAGAAAACCAGCUUGGUGCAGGGAUCCACGGGGACAAAAAGAUAUUGUUGGACCAGAGAACGGAAAGUAAAUCUAGGGACCCACCAGGUGUCCCAUUAGUUUUUGGUGAUACCAGAAUGCCCAGCCCCUCUACUUGGAAGAGACUUGUUGACUAAAGUUAAUGCUCAGAUACAUUUUGACCCUGGGGGAAUGUAAGUCACGGAUGGACUUGGACAGCCGAUACAGGUCUUAACCCUAGCUUUAAGAGAUGAAUACAGACUUUUUGCGCCUAAGCCCUCAGAGGUUAUAGCACCAGAUGUACAACCGUGGGUCCAUAAAUACCCAUUGGCCUGGGCAGAAACGGCAGGAAUGGGACUGGCCAAACAGAGACAUCUGGUCGUCAUCGAGCUAAAGGCUAAGGCAAUUCCUGUGAGGGUGAGACAGUACUCUAUGAGCCAGAAAGCUUGGUGGGGGAUAACUCCCCACAUUCGAUGGCUCAUGGAUGCUGGAAUUCUCAGGCGGUGCCAAUCCCCUUGGAACACCCCCUUACUGCCGGUGAAGAAGCCAGGGGUGACAGAUUACAGAUCUGUCCAAGACGUGCGAGAAGUCAACAAAUGGGUGAGUGACAUACACCCUACUGUCCCUAACCCGUCUACCCCCCUGAGCAGUUUACUGCCUGAGUACACUUGGUACACUGUGUUGGACUUAAAAGAUACUUUUUUCAGCCUUCCCCUGGCGGCCCAGAGCCAGGAGAUAUUUACCUUUGAGUGGACUGAGGGGAAGGCUAACCUAGUACAGUUAACUUGGACCCGCCUCCCACAGGGGUUCAAGAACUCCCCUACCUUGUUUAAUGAGGCUCUGAGUGAGGAUCUCUAUGAAUAUCGGACUUGCCACCCAGAGGUCAUUCUGCUACAAUAUGUAAAUGACCUUAUGUUGGCUGGAACCACAGAGGAGGCAUGCAGCCGUGCCACCGGGGACCUCUUACAGACUCUAGGUACCUUGGGGUAUCGCGCUAGCGCAAAGAAGGCGCAAAUAGCCCGGCAAGAGGUCACCUAUUUGGGGUAUAAGAUCAGGCAGGGGCAAAGGUGGCUAAUUCAGGCCAUGAAGGAAACAAUAUUGCAGAUACCAGAGCCCAAGACUCCCCGCCAGGUGAGAGAGUUUCUGGGGACUGUUGAAUAUUGCAGACUGUGGAUCAUGGGGUUUGCUGAGAAGGCCCAGCCCUUGUAUGAGGGAAGUAAAGAGACCCCAAACUGGACUUGGACUGAGCCAAUGAAACAGGCUUUCCAGACACUCAGACGUGCCCUACUAGAAGCCCCAGCCCUUGCCCUGCCUAACCCAAAUAAGCCAUUCCAGCUGUUUGUAGAUGAAAAGCAAGGAAUAGGAAAGGGGGUCUUGACACGACAAUGGGGACCAUGGAAGCAGCUGGUGGCAUACCUUUCAAAGCGAUUAGAUCCAGUGGCCGCUGGGUGGCCCCCUUGCCUUUGCAUCAUUGCAGCCACUGCCCUCCUCGUCCACGACACUGACAAGUUGACAUAUGGACAGCAACUCUGGGCUUACACCCCUCAUGCCAUCAAAGGGGUUUUAAAGCAGCCACCGGGUAAGUGGAUCUCCAAUGCCCGCUUGACACAUUACCAGGCCUUGCUGCUUGAUGCCCCAUGGGUGCGUUUUCAGACCCCUUGCUUCCUGAAUCCAGCCACGCUCCUACCUAACCCAGAGAAAGACUACCCUCUCCAUGAUUGCAGUGACAUACUGGCUGAGGCCCUGGUGGCACAAAAAGACUUAACUGAUGUACCGCUAAACAGCAGUGAGCUAGUAUGGUUCACCAAUGGGAGCAGCUAUGUAAGAGAUGGGCAAAGGAAGGUGGGAGCCGCCAUAGUUGAUGAUUCAAGACAGACGAUAUGGGCUGAGACACUUCCCCCAAACACUUCUGCCCAAAAAGCAGAAUUGAUUGCCCUAAUACAGGCUCUGGAGCAAGCCAAAGGGAAGAGAGUCACCAUUUUUACUGACAGCCGAUAUGCUCUCAGCACUGCCUAUAUUCAAGGUCCAAUAUACCAAGGAAGGGGAUUUUGGACAGUUGAGGGAAAGGAGGUCAAAAAUUUGCCUGAGAUUCACAGGUUCCUGAAAGCUGUCCAAUUGCCCCGGGCAGUAGCAAUAGUACAAGUCCCCGGUCACCAGAAAGGAGAAGACCCUAAGGCACAGGGCAAUUGUGCCGCUGAUGCGGCCGCUCGAGAAGCGGCUAGCCGGGACUACACCGCCCCCAUAUUAGCCGUGGAACUUCCACCUCCUGGAAUGGGGACUCUGCCACCAGUUCCUGAAUAUUCCCUCCCUGAUCUUGUCUGGAUCAACGAGGAUACCACCCUCCAGAAGGAUGACAAAGAUGGAUGGUACCGAGAUCAAAACAACAACCUGAUAUUGCCUGCCAUCCUGGGUCGUCACCUGUGUGAACACCUGCACACAACUACACACUUGGGAGAGAAAAAGACCUUGACACUUCUCCAGACGGCCUGCCUGAGGUUCCCUCGACAAAAUGCAACUGUACGAGAGAUAAUCCAGGCUUGCAAAGCGUGCCAGCUGAUGAGGACAGAGAAAAAGCAGCACAUGGGAACGAGGUACCGAGGGGAAGAGCCAGGGCAACACUGGGAGAUAGAUUUCAUUGAGGUCGACGGGAUUGGACCCUGGGUUCACUGCAAUCACGUGCGGCAAGCCACUCUCGGAAGAACAGGAAAAAGCACGAGCAGAAUGGAAGGCGAGUCCUCACCCAUCAAAUCCUUUGAAACUGAGACUUGUUUGAUGAGAGACCUCCUAAUUCUCCUGCUGAUGGCAGCUCUCAUCGACACAGGAGCGACCAGCCACAACCCCCAUCAUCCGGUUAACAUGACUUGGGUGGUCUACAACCCUGAGACCGGAGGACUACUUAAUUCGAGUUCCAACAUAGCCCCCAAAGGGACAUGGUGGCCUGAAUUGACCUUUGAUUUAUGCGUCCUGGCAGCCGACAUUAACGGCUUCCACGGUCCCAGUCAACUGAUUGACUUCAUCAGGAGUCCUCAGUUUGAAACCCUCGGCCUUUUUGACUGGGCCUUCCAGGGAGAAACACCAUGCACAAAACCAACACCCGUAUAUGUCUGUCCAGGGGGAGGAAGGGAUCGGAACCAAAUUGCAAGAUGUGGGGGAGUUGAUUCUUUUUAUUGCACCGCUUGGGGAUGUGAAACUACAGGAAUGGUCCAUUGGCUCACUAAUCCUGUCAAAGACCUCAUUCCGUUUGAGCUCAAAUUACAACUGGGAUCACUCUAUUUGGCCCCCAAGGUAGCUUUGGGACAAAACCAGGUGACAGCCCCAAAACCUUCUUCCCAGAGGACAACCCCAAAACCUCCCUCCCAGAACCAAAGUCAAGAUACUGGAUCUACUCCACACCCCAUAGCUCCCCCUAUAGUUGACAUGUCCCCACCGACAGACCCCCUUAUAAAAAUGAUCUCCUCAGCUUACCUUACCCUUAAUGCCUCUCGUCCGGACUUAACAAAUGGUUGCUGGCUCUGCUAUAAUAUUAGGCCUCCUUAUUAUGAGGCAGUUGCUUUUUCUUCAGGAUUCAAUAUGACAGCUGAUGUCUCAGCCUGUAGACGGCAGCAACAACCUGGUACGGGCCGCCUGACAGUAACCUCCAUUAUGGGUAUAGGCACCUGCAUAGGAGCUAUCCCCGAGACUUAUCAACACCUAUGUAAUCACACAGUCUCUAUGACUAACCUCACUAAUUCCACUCACCAGUGGAUCAUCCCACCAGAAAAUGGGUGGUGGGCUUGCUCCACCAGACUAACUCCGUGUGCCCAUCAGGCAGCACUAAAAACCUCCCAAGAUUUCUGUGUCCUAGUCCAUCUAAUCCCCGGGCAGAACUAUUACCCAGAAGAAGGCCUGCAGCCAAAGUUAGAGACACCAGGUCAGUAUAGGGUAAAAAGAGAGCCCGUCACUGCCCUAACUUUAACUGUCCUGAUGGGAUUGGGGGCUAUAGGAACUGGAAGUGGUGCAGCCUUAACGCUCCAAGAUAAACAGUAUAACCAGUUAAGGGCUGCAAUAGAUGAAGAUAUUGAACAACUCGAAAAAUCCAUUUCCCACCUCCAAGAAUCCUUAAGUUCUCUGGCUGAGGUAGUGUUACAAAAUGGAAGGGGUUUAGAUCUGCUGUUCUUACAACAAAGAGGACUAUGUGCAGCCCUAGGAGAAGAAUGCUGUUUUUAUAUUGACCAUUCAGGAGUAGUACAGAAAUCUCUUCAAAAAGUUAGAGAAGGCCUAAGCAGGCAAAAACAAGAAAGAGAAAAUGAACAAUCAUGGUUUGAGUCUUGGUUUCAACGCUCCCCCUGGCUGACCACCUUAGUUUCCACCCUCCUGGAUCCACUUAUAGUACUGUUAUUGACACUAACGAUUGGCCCUUGCAUUUUAAACCGGUUAAUGUCUUUUAUUAAAGAGUGUCUAAAUACCAUUCAGAUUAUGGUAUUGAGGCAACAAUAUCAGAUGGUAGCCCAGGAUGAAGAGAAAGAUUCCUCUACAGAAACAACAAGACAGGGGGGAAUGUGA